AUGCCCGCUCUGAGCGUCCUUCAACGUCUCGAAAUGAUGAAAACGUUGAAAAAGUCCGCAAAGAAUCAACAAACUUUAGAAGAAACAAGAAUAGCUUUGGUGACUUUGCUGUUAGGUUUAGCUUCAGCGCAAUAUGGUCGAGGUGGAUCGAGUCAUGAAGGCAGCUAUCGUCCUGACGGUGUACGAAGCCGUUAUUUCAUCUUAGGACAUGGAAAACCUGUUUUAUCAAACAUUGGUCAAGGCAUUUACGGGCCAUCUGCUGAAUAUGGCAGCUACAGCCCUGCCUCUUCUUCUACCAGACCUCACUCAGGAAGCAGCUACAGCCCAUCUGUUUCCAGUCAUUCAUCCCCUAGUUACGGACGACCUUCAAGCUCUCAUGGUGCUUUAAGUUCCUCUCUUAGAGCUUCUCAUGGUUCUUCAUCAGGUUUGUCGGCCUAUGGUCCAUCUGCUCAUGGAUCGUCAGCUGGAUAUGGUGCUCAUGGACACGGAGCUCCAUAUGGCUCAGGUGCGUCAUCCGCUCACGGAUCUGCAUACGGAGCACAUGGGCCAAGCGCUCUGUCGUCUGCUCAUGCUGGAUAUUCCUCAAGCCACGCACCAAGCGGAGCUUAUGGUCUGUCCUCUGCCCACGGAGGUCUGUCUGCCACUCAUGGAUCCUAUGGAUUGUCUUCAUCCAGCCACGGAGCAAGUGGAGCUUAUGGAGCAUCUCUAGGGCAUGCUGGUUAUCCUUCAAGCCAUGGAGCUAGCGGAGCCUAUGGAUCCUCUUUAGGGCAUGCUGGUUAUCCUUCAAGCCAUGGAGCUAGCGGAGCCUAUGGAUCCUCUUUAGGGUAUGCUGGUUAUCCUUCAAGCCAUGGAGCUAGCGGAGCCUAUGGAUCAUCAUCAGGGUAUUCUGGUUAUCCAGCCAGUCAUGGAGCUAGUGGAGCUUAUGGAUCAUCUUUAGCUCAUGCUGGAUCUUCAUCCAACCAUGGAGCAUAUGGAGGUUUGCCAUCAAGCCAUGCAUCUUACGCUCCAGCUCAGAGCCAUGCUUCAUAUGCAGCUCCUGCAAGACAUGCACCAGCUCCUAGAUCAUACUCUGCUCCUUCCCUUGGACAUGGCCUCUAUGGUCCAUCUGCAAGAUCUGGACAUGGAUCAUCAGCUCAUGGAUCAUAUGGAAGUCAUGAUGCUUAUGCUCAACCCAACCCAUACGAGUUCGGAUUCAAUGUCCACAACGAGCACGGAGAUAACCUUAGCAGACAAGAAAGCGGGGAUGGCCAUGGCAAUGUCCAAGGAAGUUACGGAUACAAGGAUGCUUACGGAGUCUUUAGGCAUGUGGAUUACGUUGCCGACCAUGAAGGCUUCAGGGCUAACGUAAGGACCAAUGAACCUGGCACUGAUAAUCAGGAUCCAGCUGAUGUAAAGAUGCAAGUAGAACAUGGUGGUUAUGGAGGAGCUUAUUAA